UAAGAAUCGAAAUUUGUCCCGCAUACUUCCUUGUUUAAUCCUUCGUUGGAAUCCGUGGUAAACAGACCUCUGGAUGAUUACAAGUUAUGGAGUCAUUCUCAAUAAUAUGGUAUUUAUUUUUGCUCGUCAGCGUUCAGCUUCUUGUCCGGAAAGCAGGUGCCACCAUCACAUGGACUAAACCCACUCCACCACACACCCAAAAAGACAACAAAAUCCGAACCACAACAAAAGGCUUUAAGAGCAGUGUUUCUGAAAUACAGUUGGAAUGGCAGGUCACUGUAUCACCUGGGGAACUGAUGGGUGUGUCAUGGUUGAUUAAUGGCGAUGUUAUUGGUCUAAAACAACCAGAUGGGAAAGUAACUGUCUCUCCAAAGUAUCAAACUGAGUUCAGCAUCAUUUCUAGUGAUCAAGCAACCUUAGUUGCCCAUAAUGUGACAGCAGCUGAUGGGAGAACAUUUAAUUGUGAGGUUCAACUCACUGACCUUUCGCGCUGGAAUGAUAAAAUCAAAGUGGUGAUUUAUG